AUGUCCGUUAGCAAAAAUAUUUAUGAACUCACGGCUAUGGCCAACACAAUGAAGAAGAUAGCAUGGGAUAGUGUCUCUGUGGUGGAGAGAGAUGCCACGAGGGUUUACGAAUAUUCAUUUUUGAAUAAGCAAUUGAAGAAGUGCAGUGGUUCAAGCAUGUGGAGCGAUGCAAUGGCUACGGCUGAAGCUGCGAGACAUGGAAUCAGAAUGGGGGGAGCCGUCAACCAAAGAAGAAUGUACUCGACAAAUUCGUUUUCACACCCAUCAUUGACUCCGGAGCAAAACAUGCCUAAUGAAACCCAAAGAAAGGAGAUUAUAGGUGUUAAGAAGCCCGAGGAGUUCCAGAUGUCACUGAGUGAGGUUCCAAGCACAAGAUUGGCUAGAAUCUUCCAUUACGGGAGUUUGGCCGCCGGUAUGGGUUUGGGAGCUGCUACUCAAGGUAUCAAGCAUUAUGCAUCAGGUAACAAAACAAGCAUAUCAAUGAAGUCGCUUAUUUUGUCUCCACAGAAUAUCGAGAGAAUGGCGAAAAAGUUCUCUAAAAUGAGAGGGGCGGCUUUGAAGAUAGGACAAAUGAUGUCGUUUCAAGACCUGUCUAUCUUGCCAGCAGAGAUCCAGCAGAUAUUGCUCAGGGUACAAAACUCGGCCCAUUACAUGCCACCAGGACAAUUAGAAAGAGUCAUGGUGAACGACUUAGGUAAUAACUGGAGAGAACGUUUAUUCACAUCUUUUGAGGAUGUUCCAGUUGCUGCAGCUUCAAUUGGCCAGGUCCACAAUGCUGUCACCGAAGAUUUGACUCCUGUUGUUGUUAAAGUACAAUACCCAGGGGUUGUGGAUAGUAUCGAUUCGGAUUUGAAUAACUUGUUAACCUUAUUGACAGCAUCUGCGAUUUUACCAGCUGGUUUGUUCUUGGAUAAGACCAUUGCUAAUGCCAGAGUUGAAUUGAAGUGGGAAUGUGACUAUAUUAGAGAAGCCCAAAACUUGAUUAGAUUUCGUGAUAUGAUUAAAGACGACCCAGUAUUUGAAGUUCCAAGAGUCUUCCAUAACUUGUGCGGUGAACAUGUUUUGACUAUGGAAAGAAUGAGAGGUCUUGAAAUUACCAAGGGUAACUGGGAUCAAAACACCAGGGAUUGGAUUGCCACGAAUAUUAUGAGAUUGUGUUUAUUAGAAAUCAAGCACUUCAAAUUCAUGCAAACCGAUCCAAACUGGGCUAACUUCUUGUAUAACGAAUCCACCGGUAAGAUUGAAUUAUUGGACUUUGGUGCUGCUCGUGAAUUUGGCGACGAAUUCAUCGAAAACUACAUUUUGAUUUUGAAAGCUGCCAUUAAAAAGGACCGUGAUCAAAUUGCUCACUACUCCAAGAAAUUGGGCUAUUUGACGGGAUUAGAAUCCCCUGCAAUGACUGAAGCUCACGUCGACUCAAUCUUGGUUUUAGGUGAAGCUUUCUCGCCAGUUGAUAACAAGGGUAAGCCAUUCAAUUUCAAGGACCAGACUAUUACCGACAGAGUUAGAGGAAAUGUCGGAAUCAUGUUAAGUGAAAGAUUAACCCCACCUCCUGAAGAAACCUACUCAUUACACAGAAAAUUGAGUGGUGUCUUCUUAUUAUGUGCUAGAUUGGGAGCUACUGUUCCUUGCGAAGACUUGUUUAAAGAAAUUAUUGGCCACGAUUAG